GUCUCACUGCUGAGACAGAAAGCAAGACAAAGAAGAAAACAGACACCUGAAGAGUGUUUCAUCUCACAAGAAGAGGACUCAACACUAAACACACUGAAGAUGCUGUGCUCUCAUGGAGUCCAGUCUGCACUCAGUCCAUUCAUGGACUUCUACUGGCCUGUACGCAGUCUGUGGCCAGAGAUCAAGCCUCUGUUCUACCAGCAGGAUCUCCUGCAGAGAAACCUACAGGAGCUGCGCAGCAGUCUGGAGCUGAUGGAUAAACUUCAACACAGGAUCCUGGAGGAGACAGAGCCUUUCCAAAGCAGCAUGGCUGUACAACCACUCUCCUGCCAACUGGAAAAAGAGGGAGACAAGUUUGCUCUGACGCUGGACACUCGAGGCUUUUCUCCAGAGGAGCUGUCUGUCAGGCAGGUGGGCAGGAAGCUGAGAGUCAGUGGCAAGACAGAGAAGAAGCAGGAGGACGGGAAAGGCUCGUACUCUUACAGACUGCAGGAGUUCAGACAGGAGUUUGAUCUGCCCGAAGGACUGAACCCCGAAGCCAUCACCUGCCACCUGUCUCCAGAUGGGAAGCUCCACAUCCAGGCAGCCAAAGCUCUGUGUGUUGAAGAGGCUGAGAGAGAGCUGACUAUCAAGAGGAGCUCAGAGGACAAACCACAGCAGAGUGUGUGUUCACAGGCAGAAGACAGCAGGACAGAGACACACAGCAGCACACAGGACAAACCUGAAAACAUGGACUGAGACAUAAAAUGAUACCAAUGUAAAAUAAAUGUUUCUGUACUAAAGUUCAUUUAUAUUUAUAUGUGCAGUUGAAUUUUUAUAUCUGAUGAUAAAUAAACACCAUAAAGCUGAA